AUGCUGCCAGCUCUUCAGUCACCAACAAUCUGGCUUCCGGAUCCUCUGCAAGGAAUACGACAGCCCGAGAUUCCUCGGGACCUUGGCGUCGGAGAUGUAGUCAACGUCGAUUUGGUCUCAAGGCCCAAUCACAGGCAAAAGGCCGGGCUCUUCUCUGCCGUCGUUUCCACAUUUAUUGUUCAAACAUCCCAAAACCUCCAGAUUGAUUAUGGUGAGGUUUCGGCAGCUCUUCUAUUUGAGCUCGUCGGCGUUCAACGCGCUAUGGCCAAUGGAAUAUCUGUCGAUCUUGUUCCCCGUCCUGGCUUUACACCCUACAUGCCUUUCCAUCCGAAGACACCCGACUUAUGGGUCAACGGGCUGUGGUUCGCGAGUUUAUCACUCAGCCUUUCCACAGUUUUAGUAGCCGCGCUCGCAAAGCAUUGGAUCCACCAAUAUGUAUCAGUGCCAUCGGGGACGCCCCGUGACAGGAUACGUGUUCGCCAUGCUCGUUACAUGAGCCUCCAAGACUGGCAUAUACCCAUGAUCAUUGGUCUGCUCCCUGUGCUCAUGCAUACCACCUUGGGUCUCUUCCUCCUUGGCUUAGUCAUUUUCCUCAUCCCUCAGAGUGCGGAAAUUGGUUGCGUGACAAGCGCUAUUAUACUUGCCGGUUUCUCCGCAUACACCAGCACUAACCUCCUCCCUCUCGUCUAUCCUCGCUGUGUUUUCAGUAUACCAUUGCAUCAUCCUUCACGUCUUCUCCAUAUUCUUUUCUUGUCCAAAGCUUGUGCGAUCUCUUUGAAAGAUGCUGAACAUAUGGCAUUCCAUGAGAUGGGUCACUUCCCAGAUGUACAAGCAGUGGCAUGGCUUCAUUCGAUGUCUCCCAACCCCACUGUUCAAAGCACUGCCGUGCAAUCUAUUAGCUCCCUUCCGCUGAAAUCGGCGAAGCUGAUGAAACAAGAGGAGAGCAUUGCAGAGCCUUUGGGCCAAAAAAUCGAAGAUUGUAUCGACAUCCGCGCAGGCGGCGGCGUUCGUUUGGGCAUGGACAAGGAUUUAGAACGAUGUUUACAGGCCCCCCUACAUCUUGGACUUACCGCUCGUUCGGGAGUGAUGAACCCUUUGUUCCUGAUUGUUAUGUGUGGCCUCGUCAAAGACAGUCCUCUUUCAACCCGUGCCGUUUUUCUUGCUGCGUUGAGGUACACAGGGGGUGACGAUGUCCAUACGAUGUCGUAUCUUCUUAAGUCGAUGUCAUCGGACCAAGAGGUGGAGCUGGAACUGGAGCAGCCAGUGAUAUGGGCCAACAUUCUCUGCAACGUUCUUACACAAGGUGGUCCGUUUCAUGGAGACUCCGCUGUUAGUCUCUACAGGGAACUUUUGAACGCAUUUCCAAAGACAUACUGGUCGCUCGGCUGGGUGGAGCCUGCUAUAGGAUACCGUGCUUCUGCAAUGUAUUCAGACGAUGGAUUCCCGGAUAUCGAGAUCUGCGAUACGGAAUGUGACGCCCAGGUCAGCCUCGCUGCUGCUAUUUCAUCCUGUCUGUAUCCGCUUCUCGGCAAGUUGUUACUCUACCACUUUUCUCGAACGGUAGGAACUGAGGCAGGAGCAAAGGGUCCUUUGCUAUAUUGUUCCGACGUACCCAUACCCCUACAAGUAUUGUUAUCAAUGCUUCGUUCACGGCACAUCAAAGAUGCAGGGCUAUUAGGCGAUGUCUUGGUUCAUCUUGAACUUUAUGUUAUGACCCUGACGGAACAGGUCGCACAGGUCUGGAAGCCAGACAAGAGACAUACAUGCCGCACGAUCAUCCAGCACCUGUAUUCCAUGACACAGUAUGCGAUUGACACAAGAUGUCAUAUCGCUUGGACCUGGAUGAAUCAGCGAUUCUUAUGGGAGAUUUUUAUGAUAGACAAGCUAAUAGACUUUGCGUUCACUGGGGAUCCAUCCGAACCGAUACAUAUCUAUCGACUGCUGGCAAAAACAUUCCAGUUGCCUACCAGUGUCUUUCCCUCAUCCGUCUUCGAAACGGUCGUUUCUGAACACCUGUUUGACUAUAUCUGUAGUGACGCCAUCAUAAACCAUCAUUAUACAUACCAGUUCAUACUACUCUUUCAAGGAUAUCUCGAUCACUUGACCACAUCAACGUCUCUGGGCUCGUACUCCUCUGACAUUCUCCUGCGAGCCACAGAUGAACUGUUCAGACCUAGAAACCUUAUUAUCACGUUCAAAGUCUUGGUCAAGGCUAAUGAUAUCCAACGUAUGAGAGGCGUAGUACACCUACGGCCUAAUUCUCCAGCAUGGGAGGUUUUAUUCACCAUGUUUGACAAUCGAACAUCAGAUAUCGCAUUCUGGGAGCCAUUUGUAUGCUCCAACCUUGAUCCAGCGACGUACAGUGCCAUACUUUCGGAGUUGAGGAAGAACUGGAAAUCCGAAUGGCAGGUUUCUGAAUGA